ACACACGUGACAUCUACCAGGAAGUAAAUAAACGGCCUUCCCGCGCAGUUGAAUCUGUUUUCUGAAGACGUCCCGGUUCCCAAGAGAAUAAAUCACAAUGGACGAGCUUUAUCUGGAUAAUAUUGACGAAUUUGUCAACGACCACGAUAAAAUAGUCACCUAUAAAUGGCUGAGUCUCACUCUUGGCAUCCAUGUCAACACAGCAAAACAAAUGCUCUUCCAUUACCUGGAUCACAAGAGGAAGGAAAGUUCAGCUCAGCUUCACGCCACCUAUCUGGUGUCUGGGAAGUUUGUGGACAACGGUCAAACGAGUCACAAGGUGUCAGUUGUCCGAGAGGAACAGCUGGAAGAUGUCAAAGCCAAGAUGAGCUUGAUCGUCAGCGUCCACGUCUACAGCGUCCAGAAAGCUUUACUGAAAGACAGCGGGCCUCUUUACAGCGUCGACUAUGAUGCUGUGAAAGACAAUCUGAAGAACUGCAGCAAAUACAGUGCGAUCCGCUGUGCCACUGCAGUGCCCAUGUCUUCUCUGGAGCUGCAGCAGGCGAGAGAAAUGCACCGACCUCCUUCACCAGAACCCGAAAACAAAAAGCCUGCCAUGAACGGAAAUGGGAUCCUGGCCUCCAAACCUUCCGCCAAGCCGGCAAAAGGCAUCAUGGGAAUGUUUGCAAAUAAAUCUACACCUAAGAAUCAGGACAGCGGCAGAGAGAUAAAGUCUGAGCAGAAAGAAGAUGCACCAGUGGUCGAUGCUCCCAAAAGCAGACCAGCCGCAAAAGCCAAUCCGAUGAUGAACUUCUUUGGAAGUCAACCAGCAAAAAAACCUGAAAAAAACGUGAAGGAGGAGGAAGCAGCUCAGUCAUCUUCCACAGCAGCAGAGAAACAACGUCGGAGUCCACAACCAGAGCAAAAACGAGGCGAUGUUGUCGCUGAACCGCAGAAAAAUACUAAGAACGACUCCAGGAGCAAAAAUAAGCGCAUAGAAGAUUCUGAUAGUGAGGAGGAUAAAAUGGAGAAGAAAAAGAGACGAAGGAUUAAGUUACCUGAACCAGACAGCAGCGAUGAAGAUGUUAUUCCAGAUUCUCCGCCGCAGAUGGAAACAAGAGAAGCAUCACCGAGUCCUAAAAAGGAAGUCGAGGCUGUUACACAUUCAUAUCAGGGGAACUCUGAUGGGAAGAUAAGAAAGAGGAGACGAGUUCUGAAGUCUCGUACCUUUGUGGACGAAGAAGGGUGCAUCGUCACAGAAAAAGGCUACGAGAGUGAAUCUUACUCUGAAACAGAAGAUGAUUUCCAGCCCACCAAACAAGCUCUGAGAGAUCCCUUUAAAGCAUCAAGUAGCAAAGACGACGAGAAGAAAAGUCAAAAAAAAUCUUCAGCCAGUGCAAAUAAAGGAACUAAACAAGCUUCCAUUAUGGGAUUUUUCCAAAAGAAAUAAUACAAGACAGCGACGGACACAGACAAACAUAAAGCACUGCUCUUCUAAAGACCUUUUACUGCAACUGACUCUCACCUGAAACGCAUCACUGGAAUGAAUUAAAGAAACAGACCUCAACAUAGACAUCAACAAACAUUUUAUCAUUAACUGUUUGCUAUUAUAUACUAUACCAGCUGUGAAUGCAUGUUCUGUUCAAUCAAUAAACACUGAAAACUGAAA